GGCUGUAGAAGGGGUCUUGGGAGAUUGGCGAUUAUAUCAAAUUUCGAGAAAACUGAGGAACGAGGAGGUGGAGAUGGCGAAAACCUACGACUACCUUUUCAAACUGCUUUUAAUCGGGGACAGCGGCGUCGGCAAGACGUGUCUGCUGUUUCGCUUCAGUGAGGACGCCUUCAACACAACCUUCAUAUCGACUAUAGGAAUUGACUUCAAAAUCAGGACGAUAGAGUUAGAUGGGAAGAAAAUUAAACUUCAGAUCUGGGACACAGCAGGCCAGGAGAGGUUUAGAACCAUCACAACAGCUUAUUACAGAGGGGCCAUGGGCAUCAUGCUGGUGUAUGACAUCACCAAUGAAAAGUCCUUUGACAAUAUCAAGAACUGGAUCCGCAACAUCGAGGAGCAUGCAUCUUCUGACGUGGAGAAAAUGAUCCUGGGCAACAAGUGUGACAUGAAUGACAAGCGACAGGUGUCCAAGGAAAGGGGGGAAAAGUUGGCAAUAGAUUAUGGGAUUAAGUUCUUGGAAACCAGUGCCAAGUCAAGCAUAAAUGUGGAAGAGGCCUUCUUUAUGCUUGGAAGAGACAUUAUGACAAGACUCAAUAGAAAAAUGAAUGACAACAACCCCUCUGGAAGUGGAGGGCCGGUCAAAAUCACUGAAAACCGCUCUAAAAAGAGCAGCUUCUUCAGGUGCACACUGCUGUAGACAGAGCCAUUCCUCAGACUGCUCCGGUCUCCUCCUCCUCCCCUUUCUGCCUGGCUGCCUCAGAGCACAAGACCUCCCGCCGCCAGGAGGGGCUGUUGGUCACCGCUAGCACUGCAGAGGGGCUGACACUUCUGUUAGCCAUCAGAAGACUAAAUCUUGCAACUCCUGUUUCAAUGAUAUUUACAUAUGAAGAGAGAACGGAAAGGAAUGGGAAGGAACGAACCCCAAUCGUUUUUCUUAUUUUAUUUUUCGUCUCUCUUCUGCUGAGAGUGUGUUCCCCCCAUCGCCUCCCCUGUCCUGCUACAGAUCAGUCAUGAAUGGUCAUGGACUUAAUUUUGCUCGAGUGCUUCUCCCCCCCCUCCCCAUUUCAGCUAAAACUGCCUGUUUUACUUGACUUUUUUUGCUAAACACAGUAAAUUCUUCAGUUUUUAUUUUUAUUUUAUAAGGAUGCCAUUUUAGCAGCAAAAAAAAAAAAUUACCAUGGGAAGUGUCGACAAACCAAUUCAGAUCUUAAUUCUGCUUUUGAAAAGAGAUUCCAGUCACCGUGACGAAGACUCAUGCCAUGGAUGAUGGAUAAUAGCACCUUAAACAGAAAGGAGCAAAGUUGUGUGGGUUUUAUUUUUGUUUUGUGGUGUUUUUACCAAAGCCGAUUGCAUCUCUGGGGUAGGGAGUCAUCAUUAGCUAAAACAAAGUAUAGCUAUCAGCAUCUAUCUUUUCUGCUUUUAGUAUUUGUAUAUUUUCUCUAAACUUAGUAUAAUCUUUUAAAUGUUACAACAGCACUGAAGAUUUAAACGUGAAGUCAAAUGAAGAGUUUGUUCCAAAAUAAGAUAUAUGCCAUGGAAAAAAGAAAAAGGAAAAAAAGCAACAUCUGACAGUGCUCUGACAGAAAGCAAAAGAUAUUUCCAUUUUGUAAAGCCUUUAUUUCCAAACAAUGAUCCCGUUGGAGGUGGGAUCAGUCAUGUUCUGGGGAAAAAAAGAUAAAUAUUGGGAUAUAGCACAGUGGUUGGUGAAUAUGAAGCCUACAGCUCAGCCUGUCUCCACAUGCGGUCAUGGUGGAAUCACCUAGAAACCCAAUUCAGCAUCACCUGCAAUAGUGGUUCUCAACCUGAGGGAUUAGCAGCCCUGGGUGGAGGUUAGAGAAUAUUCUAGUGAUCUGAAAAACCGAAUUUUUCCACAUACACCUUUGUUAUUAUGCCUUUAUUUUCAUGAUAAAAGUCUUUGUCUGGUGAAAUAAUGAACAAUGUCAGCCUGAAAGGGGGCUCAAAUCAUUAGUUGGUGUCUAAGCUCACCACUCUGCAUGUUUUGCCUGCAAAAGGGAAUAAUGUUUGCCAGUGUUUUCUGUUUGGGCAUCAUGAGCCAUGAAGGUUGAGAACCACUGCUCUAUAAUCACUGUUGACAAUGCAAUGCAGGGUAGAGGAGACUCGCCAAUGGCACUUUCUUUGACUGAAUUGAAAUCCUGUUCAGAACUUGGAAGGACUCAUAAGAGAAGCAUGUUACAUACAGCACAGCACAGGAAGUGUUUCUGCGACCGUUGUUUAAAGUCAUUCGCAGAAUGCACGGAGGAGCUCGUGCAGUUUCAUUGUGAUUUGACCUCCUAGUUAGAAAAUGCAAAACGUUUUAUAGUUACCACGCCUUUCACAACACUGUAUUUGUCUGCUCUCACAAGACAAACCUUUUACCUUCUCAUAUUUUUGUAAAUUAUAUUAUCUUAUGUGUUGUUUGAGCUGAGUAAGGUUUAUGACCACAUGGCCCAUGAAACUUAACCAGCACGCAUUGUAGGCUAUAUUUUCAGCAAUAUAUGAUCAACUAUAUGAACAACAAUCAUAAAAUUUAAAGGCCACUCUUAUUCACUUUGCCUUACGGAGAUGUUACGCCUCGGAGAGCAGCGAUUUAAAGAGGAAAUAUAAUACACUGUAGACUGAUCUUUUUUUAUAAUGUGCAAUACUAUUCGACAAGUCCAAGUCUUCCCUGACCAUAAGCCGGAGUACUGGAGAUUAAUUGGAAACAAAACCACUAACUAAAGCCCACAACCUCUUAACAUCUUUGACUUAUGGAGCCGAGUGAUUUUUUUUUUACAGUAACUUUAAGUGUCUUCUUAAAAGCAGAAUGUGUUUUUUUUUUUUUUUUUUACUUCAAGACUUUCUUGCAUUCCAUUCACUGUAAAUGGCCUUGUUUUUGGCUCCAGGCAGUAUUUGAGUGAACAUAACUUCCUGAAGCAAAGAACCUUUGGUAGCAGAUACACUCUCGAAAAACAUUAUGCCAUUUUCAGGCCAUCCACGUGCAGAUGUCCACAACACAAAUCAACAGCGAGAGCGUGGACAUUAACAAAGUUAUUGCAAGCUGCAAAUGAUACUAGCUGCAUUGCCAAGGAGCUUAACACGUGCCGAUGCACAUUACUAAUGUAUGCUAUAGAUCAUAAACUGAAUCGGCAUGGGAAAAUAUUACUGAAAAUAGCCGCCAUUUACUUUGUAUUUUAGAGAUGAUGAGUAUGGAACUGGUUUGAGUGAACAUGAACCAGGUGUCAGCGUGUCUGGUUUCAGACAACACAUUCUGCAGGCGGUCUUCGUUAUGCCGUUCGUGUGUUAUCUGGUCCAGUGAAAGGCAACGAGGAUGUGUUGAAUAUGGCAUGUCCUUUUUUUUUAAGAGUGUACUCAACGCUUAUCGAAACAGCAGCAAACAAACAACCUCUUACGUGGUUUAUCUGUGUUAAUGCAGAAUUUGGUAUGGUUAAUUACAGUAUUUAUAUAUUUUUAUAUUUUGUCCUGUAAGAUAUCAGACUGAAUUCUGACAUGCUCAAGAAACCAUAGGAAAACCACUUCAUGCAUGCUUAUUUGCUCUACAAUGGCAAAGAUAUGUUGUAAUUACAAUUUUUUUUUUUACAAUUCAUAGAGGAGUACUAUUAAACUUCUGUUUUAUUAAUCUUAUUCUUGUUAUUUCUAUUUUUUGUUAAACAAUUGUGUAUUGUUUACAAAUCCAUUGCAGCAGUAUUAGUCCUUCCUCCAGCUGCACUUUAUGCCCUCUCUGUGUUUUUGUGUGUGCGUGUGCGUGUGCGUGUGCAUGCACGCAUGUGCAGUGUGUGUCUUUAGUUUUUGAUAGUAAGACGGCAUUGUGGUUAGUUUCGAGCUGAACCACUCCACUGGCCUUUACAUGUGAAACUGAAAAUCAUGACACAAAUGUAAAAAAAGGGAAAUCUAUUUAGCAAACUCAGCAUCUUAAGAGACAGCUCAUAACUCACUUUUCUAAGCGUUGAAAUGUUGGUUUUGUUUAUUUGCUUUGAGUACCGUAUAAUUUCUGAAUUUUACUAAAUUUGCCUUAACGACUGAUGGACAUUGAUAUAAUCUUCCCUUUAUUGUAUCAUAUUUGCUCAUGAAGCCAUUUUGUGUUUUUCCUUUUUUGUUGACAGCACUUUUGUAGAGAAAAGUGUUCUGCAAAUAUAGUUAUUGUUAGUUAUUACUGCCGUAAGUGGACUCCUGUACGUACUAUUGCAUCUACACUUCCAUCAAAUAAUUGGUACAGUAUCUGUCCUGUCUAUAUGUACCCUGGAUGACCUAGUUACACGUUUUUUUUUAGUUUCUGUUUUUUUCCUAUUCAAAUUCUAACAGGCCUCUAGGGACCCAUCUCGACGAGCAUUUUUACCUCAUGUUAAGUCUGAAAUAUAUUUCAACAAAAUUCCCAAGAGCACCGGCUAACUCUCUUUUAACAAAGCAGUAUUUGAAAUAAUUGUUAAGAUGAUUUUUGUUUUGUUUUUUUAUUAUUAAAUAUGAACCAUCUUGCGUAAUAUCGCUGGUCAUGCUUGGCCUCAAGUUGAGUAUGGGAUUGUGAAUGAGAACCAGCUGUUGAAAACCAAGCCUGUCUCUUCAAAUAAUAACACAGCUUCGUGAGUUGUGUUUUAUUGCCAUGUUUGAUCAAUGUGGGUCGUCGUUGUUGUUUUGUUUUUGUUUUUACACAACGUUUGAUCAUAAAAGUUAUCGGUUACCCAAAGGAACUACAAAGUAGCAUGUGUGUACAUUUGUGUACACUUCUUAAAUAUAUAAGUCUGUGGAACUGACUUGAUAUUUUCCUCUCUCAGACCUGUACCUUAUCUACUUUGCUAUGUUUUCCAUUAUCAGCAUGGUCCAGUGUAACAUAUCCAUCCCAUCUCAUGGUCAACAGAGUGUACAAUGAU